UCGCUUGCUCCCUCGCCUCCGUCCGCGACGUCGCAGCCCCCGUGACCCUGCCGUGAGGGACGGAGCCCCGCCGCCGCCGCGAUGUGGCUGGGUCCCGAAGAGGUGCUGCUGGCCAACGCGCUGUGGGUCACGGAGCGGGCCAACCCCUUCUUCCUGCUGCAGCGGCGGAGGGGCCACGGAAAGGGGGGAGGCCUCACCGGGCUUCUUGUGGGGACCCUGGAUGUUGUUUUGGACUCCAGUGCUAGAGUUGCUCCUUACAGAAUUUUGCACCAGACACAAGAUUCUCAAAUCUAUUGGGCAGUAGCAUGUGGUUCCAACCGUAAGGAAAUCACAAAACACUGGGAAUGGCUUGAGAAUAACUUGCUCCAGACUCUUGCCAUCUUUGACAAUGAUGAAGACAUCACUACCUUUGUCAAGGGCAAGAUACAUGGCAUCAUUGCUGAAGAAAAUAAAAAUCAACAGCCUCAAGGGGAAGAAGAUCCUGGUAAAUUUAAGGAAGCAGAACUGAAAAUGCGAAAACAAUUUGGAAUGCCUGAAGUUGAGAAACUAGUUAAUUACUACUCUUGCAGCUACUGGAAGGGACGUGUCCCCAGGCAAGGCUGGUUGUAUCUGACUGUAAACCAUCUUUGCUUCUAUUCCUUCCUCCUAGGCAAAGAAGUGACCUUAAUAAUCCAGUGGGUGGAUGUAACACAGCUGGAGAAGAAUGCCACCCUUCUGUUCCCCGAAUGCAUCAAAGUGAGUACCAGGGACAGCGAGCUCUACUUUUCCAUGUUUCUCAACAUCAACGAGACCUUCAAGUUAAUGGAACAGCUGGCUAACAUUGCCAUGAGGCAACUAUUUGACAGCAAAGGGUUCACAGAGGAUAUGUUGCUUCCCAAGCCUAGCAAGCCUCUUAAGAAUAUCUCAGCACUCAAAAGAGAUCUGGAUGCACGAGCCAAAAAUGAGUGGUACCGAGCUACAUUUCGGCUUCCUAAGGAUGAACGUCUUGAUGGACACACAGAUUGUACUUUGUGGACCCCAUUCAAUAAAAUCCAUAUCUUGGGCCAAAUGUUUGUUUCCAACAACUAUAUCUGUUUUGCAAGCAAGACAGAGGAAGCUUGCCAUCUCAUAAUACCACUCAGGGAGGUCACAAUUGUUGAGAAAGCUGAUAGUUCCAGUGUCUUGCCUAGCCCACUCUCCAUCAGCACCAAAAGCAAAAUGACUUUCCUUUUUGCUAAUCUGAAAGAUCGAGACUUCCUGGUGCAGAGAAUCUCUGACUUCCUACAGAAAACCCCUUCAAAGCAGCCCUGUAGCAAUGACAGAGGAUGGAAGAAGAACUUGGGUGACCAUGGUCAUGAGGAAAUUCCAGAGCUGUCUCCCAGCACUCCACCUGCAGUCAGUCCUGCCUCCCCUCUCAACAAUCAGCUGUCCAAUUUUUGCAAAGACAAGGUCCCAACAGCAUCACAGGGAUUGCUCAAACUCUUUGGGACCAAUUCUGAGGAGCCACUCAGAUCAAAGGGGGCAAAGGAGACAAUGAAAGAGGAGUCGUGGAACAUACAUUUCUUUGAAUAUGGGAGGGGGAUGUGCAUGUACCGCACAGCCAAGACUCGCGAACUGGUCUUGAAAGGAAUCCCAGAUAAUCUGCGUGGAGAACUGUGGCUCCUCUUUUCGGGAGCCUGGAAUGAGAUGAGCACUCACCCUGGGUACUAUGCGGACUUGGUGGAACAGUCCUUGGGAAAGUAUAGUCUUGCCACAGAGGAAAUUGAAAGGGACCUGCAUCGUUCAAUGCCAGAGCAUCCUGCCUUUCAAAAUGAACUGGGGAUUGCUGCGUUACGAAGGGUACUAACAGCAUAUGCUUUUCGGAACCCCACCAUUGGCUACUGCCAGGCUAUGAACAUUGUGACAUCGGUACUGCUUCUGUACUGUAAUGAGGAAGAAGCAUUCUGGCUCCUUGUUGCUCUGUGUGAAAGGAUGCUGCCAGAUUAUUAUAACACCAGAGUUGUUGGUGCAUUGGUAGACCAGGGCAUCUUUGAGGAGCUAACACGAGACUGCCUUCCCCAGCUGUCUGAGAAGAUGCAGGAUCUAGGAGUCAUUUCUAGUAUAUCCCUCUCUUGGUUCCUCACCCUCUUUCUCAGUGUCAUGCCUUUUGAAAGCGCUGUGGUCAUAGUUGACUGCUUCUUCUAUGAAGGCAUCAAAGUCAUCCUGCAAGUAUCACUGGCCAUCCUGGAUGCCAACAUGGAUAAGUUGUUAAACUGCUGUGAUGAAGGCGAGGCCAUGACUGUCUUGGGCAGGUACCUGGACAAUGUAAUUAAUCGACAGAGUGUUUCCCCACCCAUUCCCCACCUCCAUGCCUUAUUGACAAGUGGCGAUGAUCCACCUGUGAAAAUCGAUAUCUUUGAACUUAUUAAAACAGCCUAUGAGAAAUUUGGCCAUUUGAAAGCAGAUGAAAUUGAGCAGAUGCGAUUUAAGCAGAGACUGAAAGUGAUCCAUUCUUUGGAGGAUACAGCAAAGAGAAGUGUGGUCCGAGCCAUAUCUGGUGACAUUAGCUUUUCUAUGCAGGAAUUGGAAGACCUCUAUGUAGUGUUUAAGGCAAAACACUUAAUGAGUUGUUAUUGGGGAAAUCGCACAGCAGCUGCUCCCCGAGAUCAGAGCCUUCCCUACCUGGAGCAGUACCGCAUCAACAUAGAGCAAUUCAAAGAAUUAUUUGCUUCUCUUACUCCUUGGUCUUGCGGUCUCCACACACCAGUGCUAGCGGAAAGGAUGUUUCGACUCUUGGAUGAAAACAAGGAUGCACUCAUCAACUUCAAAGAGUUCGCAACAGGAAUGAGUGGAAUGUAUCAUGGUGAUCUAACUGAGAAGUUAAAACUCCUUUACAAAUUACAUCUACCUCCAGCUCUGAACUCGGAAGAAGCAGAAUCUGCUCUUGAGGCUGCAAGUUUCUUCACAGAGCAUAAUGCUACAGAAGUAUCUCCUUUCGUCUCAGAACUGGAUCUCUUCCUGCAUUGUGACACUCAAGAAGCAUCUCUACAGGAAGACAAAGCACCAAAAGAAGGGAAUUCCAAACAGCAAGAGGAGAAGGGUACCAGUCCCCAAGAUUACAAAUAUCAUCUGCGAAUAUGGGCUAAGGAAAAGGAAUCCAAAAAAGAAACUAUCAAAGAUCUUCCAAAAAUGAGUCAGGAGCAAUUUAUAGAGUUGUGCAAGACCCUUUACAACAUGUUCAGUGAAGACCCGGUGGAGCAAGAAUUGUAUCAUGCCAUUGCCACGGUUGCUAGCCUCCUCCUGCGCAUUGGGGAGGUGGGAAAAAAGUUCUCCCACCAGCCAACGAAAAAGGCAGGCGAUGAUAUCAAAGCAAAUAGAGCCCAAGACCCAGUAAGUGAAGAAGAGUCUCCAACAUCUGAUCAGAGCCAAAACUCAACUGUGGAGCGGUAUUCCCAAGCUGCCCCAGAAGAUAAAGCAUCUGGAGAUACUCAGGUGGACAAAAACCAGCAGGAAAACCAGAUUUUUGUAGAUGGCGGUGGUGGCGAAGGCUCUGGAUCUCCUGUGCAGCUUUUUUCAGAUGACGAAACAAAAGACGAUAUGUCCAUGUCUUCAUACUCCAUGGUCAGCACCGGUUCACUCCAAUGCGAAGACAUCGCGGAUGACACCGUGCUGGUGGGCUGCGAGGCUGGCAGCUCGGCAGCACGAUAUGGCAGCACCAUUGACACAGACUGGUCCAUCUCCUUUGAACAGAUCCUAGCCUCCAUGCUUACAGAGACCGUCCUGGUGAACUACUUUGAGAAGAAAGUUGACAUUACGCAGAAGAUCAAAGAACAAAAAAAGGUGGAGAGACAGUUCAGCUCAUCCAGUGAUUAUGAACUUUCCUCGGUGUCAGGCUGAUGUCAGGGAAAUAAAGCCAGGCUGGAGUAUUAGAAGUGGUUGAUCCAAAAAAAAAAAAAACAGCCGUCGUUGAUGGUUGGACACUUACUUUGUUUUUGUUUUUAUCAGCACCUAUAACUCCCCAUCAAUGCAAGUAGAUUCAGCUGAGUAAGGGGCUCAUCACAGCCAUUCUUUGAUAUAGAUAUCUCCCCAGGGGACACCUUGCUUGUCAAGUUUACAUUACAUCCUCAAAAGCAUGAAAGCCUAAAACCUAAUAGCCUCUCUGGCCUAGAAUUACCUUAGUAAAUUAUGCAUGUGUGCCUCUACCUAUCUUUCUUUAAUGAAGCUUGAUUUCAGUCAAACUAUGCUACGUUUUCUUUUGUUUUACUUCCUUUGUAAUUGUUCACAAGAAAUGCAGCCUAGCUUCAGUUCCUUCCUCUAUGUCCUUGGCUGCCUCCUUGUGACCUAAUGCAUCAAAUGCAGUGUAUCCAAAUGCGGUAGCAGUCCCCAGCCUUGCCUAAGAGUGUCUUGUUAGGAAUGUAGAUGCUAUGCAGUAACUUGUCAAAUGUAAAGAUGUUAUAUUCUCUUACUCUUGGCAUCCUGCACCUAGAAUAUAUGCUAGUAUAUUGGGACUGCUGGUGUUUGUUGCAAGUGAUUUACUAUUGCGGUAGCAUGUGGAUUUCAGUCUCUGAAGAAAGAUGCACAUUAAUAUCUUUUAGAUCAGUUUUUAAUUCUUUAGUGCCAUGUGUUUAUUUUUAAUUUCCCAGAAAGAAAUGAGGAUUAAGAUUUAGCAGCCAUGGAGGUUGGGGUGAAUGGUACUAUCCUGAGAAUCAUGAAAUGCUACUAAGUCAUGCUGCUUUUAAACAUUAGAUUACUUCCUUCUCACAUUCAUACAGUACACAAUCUCCUAAGUUAGCCAUUUUGAAUUUCAUGAAGUUAUUUGUAAUGAGCAAGCCCUGAUCCAAUAUUCCUGUAAGCUAGUUAUCAUUAACUAACUUAUGCUGCUUGAUUGAUCCAUUUCUCCCUAUGGUCAGAAGUUCAUAUUACUGUGCUAAACUUAGCCAUACCUCUAACAUAGGUGAAGGCACAAUUGUGGGGAAGGGAGUGCUUGGUUCUUUGUCCUGUUUACCUGAAUCACUAAUAUAUCAUGACCCAGCUCUUGCACAUGAUAGGGACCUUGCUGUUGUACUACAAUUCAAAACAGUUUCUGUAACCUAUUUUAACAUGAUGUGAUGUUUAAACUACAUUUUGCUCUGGCAGUAUAGAGUGUACAGUUACAGGAUCAGCCAUCUACAAAUCACUUGUGGACCAGAGGAAAAGUAAUGCUCCAUUUUGAGAUAGGUAACCUCCCUAUGGGAAGGCAUUAAUUCUCAAGAAGCACUAUUAUAUUUGUUUAUAUUUGUACACAUGUUCAUUACACAAGUAUGUUGUCCAGUCACAUGAGCUUAAUCAAAAUUGUGUGAAUGCCGAAGUGUGUCUGUUGCAGGAGUGUGAAUCGCAUUGGCAAUUCAGAAAGAGGAAAGUCUGAAGAACUUAAGGAGAUUUAUACAAGGGGAUACAUCACUUGAUGCAAUACACAGUGUUACUCCAAUGUUGUGGUAUAUUCUCUGUGUUUAAGUGUCUGCCUCCUUAGCCAUGCACCUGGAACGUGGAGAGUAGAAACAUUCAUUUUUACUAAUUCUUCAAUAAUUUAUUGUAAUUUUUAAGAUAUAUAUUCAUGUGAUUUUUCAUUGUUUGUCUGAUCAAUCACGUAUGUAUUCAAUAAAUGAACAGAAUCUCACAUAACCAAAA